AUGGAGCAUAUCGGCGCUACACUUGAACUUAUCGCUGUUUCGAAUCCUAGCGAAAAAUUGUAUUCACCUAAAUUGCGGAAAGGUUUUGGAUUGAUUAAAGAACGCUCGCGCGCUAAUAUCAAUGUAAAUCAUCUUCACACUACGUCAAGGCCUGAAAAUGUUGGGCUUCCCACCUACAACCAGCAAUCGAUAUAA